ACAGCGAGUCAAUUGGGUGAGUUGUGAAUGAGUGAGUUGGGGAUACUUUGAAGUUUGAAUCGGUUGUUGGAUGAUUAUUUAGAAAGAGAUGGAAGAAGAAAGAAUUGGUAGCAAGAGAGGAAGGGAUGAUGAAAAGGGUAAUAUGGGAAGACUUGAAAAAAGGGCGAGUGGGAUGGUUGUGGUUGAGGAAUACAGUGGGGAUGAAAUGAUUAAUGGAGUCAAAUAUGAGGAAGAAAAGAUAAGUGAUGGCGGUGGUGGCGGUGGCUUGUUUAAUCAGCUCAUAACUAAUUUGGUUAACAGCCCUAAAUCCAAUCAACAGCUGGAAACUGAUCAUGUUUUUCAAGCUGGAUCAGAGAAGAACAGUGGUGGUGGUGCUGCCGCUGGUGGUGGGGUUAUUAAUGAUUUCAUUUCGAAUAUCUUCAAUAGUAGUGGUGGUGGUGGUGGUGAAGAGGUGGUGGAGAAUGGUGGUGAGGUGGUGGAGAAGGGUGAUGGUGGUGGUGAUGUGGUGGAGAAGGGUGGUGGUGGGAAGAUCAUUGAUAACGUUGUGUCCCAGUUGCCGAGAACUCUUUCAGAGGAUGCAGUUCCGGCAACAGAUGAAGCUUCGAUUUUGUUGCACUCCAUCAUCCAUGACUAGAUUUGACUUUGACCUUUAUGUUUUAGUAGUCUCUUUCUUAGUUACUUUGUUGUGUUCGAUUUUUGACUCCUAUUUUAUGUGGAUCGAUCAUAUAAAUACAUAUUGUUAGAGAGAUGUGUGGACUUUAAUUAAAUGUAUUCAAAAUAUACUUAAAAGUUUGAUGUGAUCUAACAAAAAUAUAUGUAAAUUCUGUGCACAAUUUAGAGUAAAUUACGAUUGUUGU